AUGAUACAAGAGAGUGUCGUACUUGCAUUAGAAGAUGCUAACCGUGUCAAUUACAAAUCUUUGUGGUUAAACGCUCUCGAUGACGAGGAACGUCAACUCUUAGAACUGUUUAGUUUUGGUCAGGUUAGAGAUGUGCCAACAGAGCUUGGAUUUACUCUCUCUGAUGAAAUGUGGGUAAAAUUGAAAAGAUUAACGUUGUUAGACCUAUGCUGUCAAAAUCGGACUGUAUACCUUGAUCGAGUGCGGAGGGACUGUGAAUUGGGAUCCUUGCUAGAAGCGGAACACUUGAUGAUGAGUGUUGGCAAUUGGGUUGACUUCCAAAUUGAUCAAGUUAGCAACGACAUACACAUCCUUCAAUGUCAUGAAAGCCGAGAUGUGUAUAAUGGCGAGCAAGAGCUAGCAGUUGUAAAGCCGAAUAAAACUGGGCAAUCCAUUUUGAAAGAUCUGCGACAAUGGAGAAAUAAGCUUCAGGGUGAAUUGUAA